AUGUCCAACGCGGUCAACGCCGUCCAGAUCAUGGUGUUCCUCCUCAUCAUGCUCGUCUACGUGCCGUGCCAGCUCGGCUUCAUUCCCGAGUCGGUCGUUGUGCGCGAGUACCAGCUCUGCAUGUCUGGCACGAUCUGCCUCGCCCUCUGGAUCCUCUCUCUGCAGUACCUCGAGGUGCACCCGACCGCCGGGUACCUUCUUCCCAUGAUGCGCGGCCUCCUCCUCGACAGCGUCCGGUUCUCGAUCCUCUACGGCGUCUUUCAAGUCGGCUUGACGUGCGCGUACUACAUUCUGCUGCAAGGCAGCGACGGCUACGAGUCGGUCCUGCACACGUUCAUCACGGUGUACUUUGUGCUCUUUGGCCAGAUCCAGACCGGCCCGAUCGAUGACCUCGCGUCGACGUCGCCCGUGCUCUCGAUCUUCUCGAAGGGGCUUCUCAUGUUCCACAUGGCGAUCGCGAUCGUGCUCCUCCUCAACGUGCUCAUCGCCAUGAUGAACAACACGCUCGUCGAGGGCCUCGAGAAGGCCAAGCUCGAGGCGCUGGCCAGCUACGCCAACUGCAUCCUCCGCCUCGAACUCAGCCUCGACUCGCGCGAGCGCACCGAGAUGAUCUACGUCAUCAAGCCCAAGUUCCUCCUCGCCAAAGAGAAUGCAGUGCACCUCGAUCGGUCGCUGCAGACCGGGCGUGGCAAGAGCGACGAAGCCAAGCCGCUUUUGGCGCUCAAGAAACCCAAGAAGAUGGACGCACACGUGGGCAUUUUGAACCCGGCGUUCCACGAAGUUGUGCUCAAGUCGGACUACAAGACUGGCUACGAGCAGAAGGGGUCAGCGACCGAGGAUUUCCAGGUCGACAUGCGCGCGUCCAUCGCCGCGCUCAAGAAAGACCAAGCCGCACAGCUGCAGCAGGUCAAGAGCCAGCUCAGCGACAUGGCGCGCGUCCUGCAAGAGCUCCAGACAGCCUCGUCCGUCGAGUCCGGGUCGUCCUCGAUCCAAGACUAA